UUUACUCCUUUCUAUUAUUCAUUCAUGAUAUUGAAAGGUUAUUUGCUCCUUUUAUAAAUUCUAACUUUUAUAAAGUAACGGAUAUGUCGGAUACGCAUGCCACUUUGGAACACAUGUUACGUUUAUGAUGUUGUCUUUAAAUAAUAUUAAAUUGAUUAAUUUUGUAAAAUAUUCUGCGUGGAAACUCUGUAUAGAUAAUACGUAUUGUCAUUUAAGAACCUAUCACUAUAGGUAUAAACUGAUUCAGACUUUCUUUUAUUCGACGAAAUGCAACACGAAAGAGGAUGGAAUUCAAUCGUCUCUCGAUCCCAGAGUCGUAGCAUUACGAGAGAAAUUGAUAUAUUGCGACUAUUUAGAUUAUCAUAAGGUGAAAAUAAGUUACAUGAAACGUUUUGUAUGGAAAAAGAAAGCUGAGAAUUUUGCGAAGGAAGUACGAAACAAUGAGCUCACGAAUGUACCUGUCUAUAGCGUACUUUUGGAUGAGAAAAAUGAAGAAAACGAUGAGCAAAAAUAUAUAAAUGCAGAAGAAGAUACAACCAAACCUAUACAUAUGCCAUAUGCGAGUACAGAUUCAUACAAUAAUGUAGACAUAUCUUCUGAAAUGAAUGAAAAUAAUUUUGAUGAAAAUACAAUUUCGUUGAACAGCAGGUAUAAAAUUCUGUAUGAAAAAUAUUUAACGGAAAAGAAUGCGAAUUUGGAAAAGGAAAAAUUUAAUUUACAGGAGUACUUAGGAGAAAGAGAUAUGUAUAAGAAAGAUUUACCAUCAAAUGUUCCAUUUAAUUGGAUGGUCGACGUUGAACAAUACGAUGAUACUUUACAGGACAAUACCUGGCUCAGCAAUUAUGGAACUCCUGAUCCAAACUCUAGUAUUAGUUCCAUACCAUGUGGUGGAUGUGGAGCCUUGUUGCAUUGUAAGGAUCCUGCUCUACCAGGUUAUUUGCCUUCGGAGUUGUUUCUAAAAAGGAGCAAUCAAGAAUUGCGAGUUAUGAUUUGUCAAAGAUGUCAUUUUAUGCAUUAUUAUAAUACUACAUUAGAAGUAAAAGUAUCUGCGGACGAAUAUCCAAAACUUUUAAAAGUGAUAAAAACAAAGAAAUGCGCUGUCAUUUUGAUGAUCGAUCUUACAGAUUUUCCAUGUAGCAUAUGGCCUGAAAUAAAUAGUGUGCUGCAUCCUUUAACACCAGUAUUCGUCGUAGGGAAUAAAGUAGAUUUGUUGCCUCAAGAUUCGAAACAUUUUUUUACUCAUGUUAAAGAUUGCCUGUUGAAGGCUAUGGAAAUUACAAAAAUUAAGAAGGAGAAUAUCAGACAUGUAGAACUUAUAUCUGCGAAAACAGGCUAUGGCAUAGAAGAACUUAUAAAUAAGUUACAUAACAUCUGGAAAUAUAAAGGAGACGUUUACAUUAUCGGAUGCACAAACGUUGGUAAAUCCUCUUUGUUUAAUGCUCUUCUACAGUCUGAUUAUUGCAAAGUACAAGCUGUGGAUUUAAUACAACGUGCAACUAUUUCUCCUUGGCCAGGCACAACGUUGAAUUUGUUGAAAUUUCCUAUUCUAAAUCCUAAAAGAAAGCGACUUUAUUUGAGAGCAUUGCGAUUAAAAAUGGAACAGCAGCACAAAUACGCUGAAGAAAAAUCUCGAAUCAGUCAAUUUGAAAUGACACGUAAUUUAAAGUACGCCACAUUGCAAAAUCGUAUAGGCAGAACAUUUCAAUCAACAUCCAAAAAUUACUCAUUCAUGGAAGAAAAAUUUAAGAAUACACAAUUCGGAUUUGAUGAGAAUAAGAAAGAAUACAAACUCAGCCGCUGGUGUUACGAUACUCCUGGCACUAUUCAACCAAAUCAGAUAUUGGAUUUGCUGACAACGCAGGAACUUUUGUCGGUUUUAUCGAAGAAAAUAAUCUCACCUAGAACUUUCAUUCUACGUGUAAAUCAAACGAUAUUUUUGGGUGGAAUAGGAAGAUUGGAUUACGUAGAAGGCGAUACUUUUAUUAGGUGUACAAUAUUUUCAAGUAGCGAAUUACCAAUAACUCUAACUCAUACUGAGGAUGCGGAUAAUGUAUACAACGAGUUACUUAAAACGGAAGCAUUUGUCGUACCUGAAAACAAUCCAGACCGAUUGAAACAUUGGCCAUCUUUAGUAUCUAAGGAGAUGGAAAUUACUGGUGUUGGUCGGAACAAGUCAAUCUCCGACAUUGUUUUAUCCAGUGCGGGAUGGAUCGCAAUCGCUGCUGAAAAAGCUGAGCGUGUUUUAUUGAAAGCUUGGAAUCCACAAGGUCGCGGCUUAUACCUAAGAACACCGGCACUUUUGAGGAAAUCUGUCACUCUACAUGGCAAUCGAAUUUCAGAUACACCGACAUACAAAAGCGGACGCCAAGCAUACAGAAAAUAAAUACUUUUUUUA